GCAAAACAAGAUGGCGUCUUGCAUGAAUUGUUUUAGACGAUGUUGUGAUGGAAACGUUGGAACUAGUUAUGUUCAAAUGAAGGAUCAACCUGUAGUUCUACUUGACACCUCUCAUAUGGGACAUGAAGUAGUGAUUGUGAAGAAUGGUCAUAGAGUUUGUGGUACCGGUGCAGCAUUGGCAAAUGUUCCCAUCGUACAAAAUAAAGCAUAUUUUGAAAUGAAACUGCAGCAAUCAGGUGUUUGGGGAGUUGGUUUAGCCACAAGACAUGCAGAUCUCAAUCGAGUGCCACUUGGCCGAGAUAAAGAUUCCUGGGUUCUGACCAGUGAAGGUACAAUUGUUCACAAUGGAGAAUGUUUAUACAAACUCCCUGAAAUGCCUAUGGAAGGGGACAUUGUGGGUGUUUCUUAUGACCAUGUAGAAAUUAAUUUUUUCGUUAAUGGAAAAAACAUAUUAUGUCCUGUUACGGGAGCCAAAGGGGAAGUCUUUCCUGUUUUGUAUGUUGAUGAUGGUGCUAUACUAGAUGCAGCUUUCACUACAUUCACUCAUCAGCCACCACCUGGAUUUGACAGGAUAUUAGUAGAAAAAUCUUUGUUAUAGUGAUAGUUUCUUCAUUGUUUAUUUGUUGAAAAGCAAUUCUAAAUGUUCAAAAGCGAUUUUUGAGGUUUAUAUAAAAUCAAAAUACCUUUAUUAUUUAAAUAUAUAUUUUUUUAUUAUGGGAAAAAAGUAUAAAAAGCAUUGUUAAGGUGUAUUUUGAACUUUGAAAGAAAAAAAAACUAUUUUGUGAAACUUUUAAAAGAUAUUUCUUAUUUAAAUCAGUUAUCUAUUUUUUGUUUUUAAAAAUAUAUGUUUUGUUUUUAUUAAUUUUAAGAUCUGAACUUUAUUUUGAGAUUUGUACUCAAUGUGAUCUAAUAUUUCGCAUGUAUACUUGCCAAAUGCUUUGUUUGUGUAAUAAGAUUUUAAUGUUGUAAUUGUAAGAAGUUUUUUGUUUCAGAAUAAUUCAGCACUUGAAAUGGGCAUUAAAAAAUGAGCUGCUAUUAACCAAAAUUCUCUCUGAAAUUUUAUUGUCUAUGAAUGAUAAACGCAUUACAUUUAAGCAAUAAUAUUGAAUGCUAAUAAUAUUAAUUUGUUACAGUUAAAAAUAACUAUGUAUUAUUUAAUGUGAAUUUCUGCAUGAUAGAAUUUUUAAAUCCAUUUUAAAAUUACCUUGCAUGCAUAGAGUCAAUAAACUUCUAUAGACCAAGCAACUAUGUAUGUGCACCUUUAAAUUCCUAUUUAUUUUCAAAUUAGAACUGAGAAAAAAUUUCAAGUGUUAAGUAAGAAACAUUCACCAACAAGAAUUGUAAAGUCCAGUCAAUUUAAAUAUGGUAAAGUAUUAUUUAUGUGUCCUUAGAGGGAAUGGAGCGUAAUGUGUACAUUCAUGUGAAAACGACAUAUACUUUACUUCUCGAAUGUUACUUUUAUCUUUACAGUUUUAACCCCAGUACUGCUACUUUCCUCAAACACAACACUUUUUAAAGCUACAUAGUUACAAAAGUGAAAUAAAAUACCUUUGUUGUAGAUCCUGAAUAUUUAUUUUUUGAUACAAAUUUAAAAUAUAAAUGUAACUGUAUUAUGCAGUUAUAUAUAUAUAUGUACACAUUGGAACUUAACUUCAAAAUCGGACAAUGUCUGAAAAUGCUCACAACUCAAAUGGAUCAUUUAAAAAAUUUUACAUUAUUUCAUAUAUUGUGCAUUGCAAUCUGAUCAAUGCACGAUCUGGGAAAUCAAUGGGGAUCUAAGACCGAAUUCCGCACUUAAAAGAUGGUCGAAACACCCAUCGCAUCAUGAUUGAGUCAUAUAAAUACAAGAAACAGGGUUCAUACUCAAUUUCAGAAAUAAAAUGAAGGAGUACUAAUGCACUGUCAUUAAAUGAUGUUGCACUUUUUUUCAACAUAUUUGACCCCCUUCCCCCUUUAUCACAGCCACACUUCAUUUCACUCCUCCUCUUGUCACAUGUCAUAUUUUUUAUAAACAUAUUGUUACAAUAACUGUGUGCAUAAUAUUAUAUUUAUGUAUUUUUAAAUGUUUAAAUAACUAAAAAGUUGCCUAUCAAGGUAUGACAGGUGAAAAUCGCUUUUACAUUUGAACGAAGCAUUGCCUGUUUGGUGAUAUUUUAAUAGUUGAAAUUUUAACCAUAAAUCCAGUGGAUUAACCUUCAAUAUGUUUCUUCAUUCUCCUAAAAUGACAGUCUUACCAGUAAAACAGAUAAGUUACGGGAUCCAGUUCAGCCUUAUCAAAAUUAAGCAUUUCCCUGCAUGUCAAUCAUCAAAUUAUCAUGCUGUGAUGUGAGUUUCAUUGUUGAUGACGUCAGGGUUACUUGAUCAUUGGCUAUUAUAUAAUGAGAAUUAGAUGACCUGAUUUUUGAGGCUGUGGUGGAGAGAAAAACAAUAAUCAUAAAACGUGGGGGGGGGGAGGAAGCACCAUUUAAGCAUAUUUCACUUCACUUAUGUCUUAGUCAUCUAAUAUUGUUUUCACCUUCAACUUUUAUAACUUAACUAUGAUCAAUUUGUAAUCUUAAUGGAAAAAAAAUAGACGAAACAGCUACAUUAAAACCACCCUCAUACAAUCACCCUUGUGACACAGUUAGCUGCUGAUCAAAGUAUUUUAAGUUACUGUCAUAGAGGGAGAUUAUGUAGUCUUGAACUAAAAAAGAAGGAGUUUGAAAGGCCCUUCAAAAAAAUUUCCCAAAUGAAAGAGUUUUGAAGAAGCGUUCAAACCCUCAAGAAAAUAUUCAUUUUUAACUCCAAGUGCUUGACUGAUGGAAAUUAAUGAAAUGUGUUAAAAAAGCGUUUUAACAAUGUGUAUUGAAUUUUUAGUUAAUAAAGUCAUAGUGAAAACAAAAUUCUGUGACCCAAAUUCAUAUGAGCUCUAUAAAUAGCUUCAAAAUAUUUCUUUAGUAUGGCAAAGGUAUUUUAUGGUUUGAUCACCACCUGUCAUUUUUAAUUUAAUUUUUUGAUAUCACUAAAUAGUUACUACCUUAUACUUGUUAAUUCUUCUGUAGUCUUUAAAGGUGAAGGACUGCUAGUCUUUUCGCACACUGAUUUUCACUUACGCAACAUGAUUCAUUUAUAAAUGUAGGGGUGCUCCCCUCCCUAAUUCCAAAUGUAAAAUUGGACUAUUUUACGGAUUAUUAAACACAAAUUCACUAACUCCAAAGAAAUGUACAUUUUUGGUGCAUUUGUCCAGUAUUCAUUUGCAUUGUGAGCAUUUUUGCAGACAUUGUUAGAUUCCCAAACCCGGAUUUUCAAUUAUCCAGAUUGUCUUUAGUCCCAGUUAGUCUAGAUAAACAAGGUUGUACUGUGUAAAUAUCUAAUAAAUUUUUAUAGGCCUAAGUUGCCUUGCCUUUUUUUUAAAAAAAAUUAUAACAAAAACAGACAUUUAUUUUAUUGAACUGAACUUACUGCUCAAAAAAAAAAAAAAAAAUGCUCAAAUCAUUGAAUCAUCAGUUGCAUUAUUCUCUCUAUAACCAAGUCAAUUUUUUUCCUACUCAAUUGGUGUCACUUAUUUAAAGCAAAAUUCUCUGAAUUAUUAAUAGCAUGUCUAUUUUGCAUUGUUGAACCCUUAAUACUAAAAUGUCAAAGAAUUCCACCAAACAUCAAGGUAUAUUAUUGUGAUGUAUUACUCUUAUAAAUAAAGACCUUUGUACAGUAUGUAAUAAAUUUUUUCCUUUCUUCAUAGGAAGAAUCCCAUGUGAAUAAUGUAAUACAUAUUUUCGCAUUUUCCCGUGUGAAGUUGUAAAUAAGUUUCUUUAUUUUCUGUGUUGUCUUUAUUUUCUGUACAAAUCCUUUGAUGUCUUGUUAUUGAACAUUAUAUGCCCCUUACAUUUGUAGAAUUUAUUAGUUGUUAAUAAACAAAUUGAUUUUUC